AUGGCUCCCCGAAUGGAUAUAUUCGCUAUCAAAUUAAGAGGUCUUCGACAAGGUGAUUCGCUAUCCCUUAUGCUCUUCGCACUGGUGAUGGAUGUGCUGAGCUCGAUGUUUGUGCAUGCUUUAAACACCAAAGUUCUAGUAGGGGUUCCCCUUGGGGAGUUUGGUAGUAGCUGUUUGACUGGUUUGGAGACCAAUUUUGAUAAAACAUGUCUUUACUCGAGCAAGAUUGGUGAAUUGCCAGAGGUUGCUACUGCCGAAACUCUCAGUUGUGUUGUGGGUACGCUUCUAGUCACAUAUCUUGGUAUCCCCAUCUCUAGGAGUGGGCCACAUAAGAAGGACUGGGAAGGGCUUAUUCUUAACAUUAGAAGACGACUGCCAGCUUGGAAAGUGUGGACCUUUUUUGGGAGAAUCCUGCAGCUACCAGACCCACCUGAGUCUAUGACUUUGGUCUAG